AUGUGGAAAAAGCUUUUGAAACUGAGGGAUGUCGCGGCUACUUUCUUCAAGAUUGACUUAAAGGAUGGAGCUAGCACUUACUUCUGGACUGAUAUAUGGUGUGAUUUUCAACCAUUGAUACAUGUUUCAGGAGAAGUGGGUACUCAAAUGUUGGGAAUUUUUCGGACAACUAAAGUAGUUGAUGCUACAGAUUCUCAGGGUUGGAAGUUUCGGAGCUGUCGUGGUCGAGUUAUGCAAGAGAUAAUCAAGAAAAUUAAAUGUGUUCCCCCUCCCAGACCAGAGGCUAGCAGGGAUCGUCCUCUCUGGAAGCAAAGUCAGGGACAAUAUGAAGAGAACAUUGUCUGGUUUCCUCAUGCUCUUCCUCGCCAGUCGUUCAUCACUUGGCUAGCUUGUAAGAAUAGGCUGGAUAUGGGAGAUAAAAUGAGACAAUGGGGUCAAACGCAGAUUUGUCUGUUGUGUGGAGAGCCGGAUGAGACUCGCCAUCAUCUCUGCUUUGUUUGCCCUUUCAUCUAUACCGUUUGGACAACAUUGAUGAAUUUGUUCCUGUUAGGCCGCAUAAAUCCCGACAGGACCAGGACAGUCUCAAGUAUCAAGAGUAACAUACUCUCUAAGUUGGACGCACAGCUAGUAAAGAUGGCUUUCCAAACCUCAAUUUAUGGGAUAUGGCGUAAAAGAAACGGACGUCGUCAUCUCCAUCCUCCACACUCUGCGCUGUACAUUGCUCGGACUGUUCAUCGCGAAAUGCAGAACCGACUUAUUGCACUGCAGGUUGAAAGUGGAGAUGAGGUUACAAAUGAAGAAUUGAGCAGAUGGAACACCAAGACAGUGCUGCCUUAA